AUGCCACCCCUAGGUAGUGCCAGCAAGAAGAGCCAGCAGAAGCACAAAGACGCUCGUCAUUCGCGCAGUCGCAACACGACCCCAAGCUCAGUCUUGAGUGGUCCAACACUGCCCACGAACAUCACACCUGCGACGACACCCUUUCUGCAGCUAGAUACGUCCAAGUUGCUGAUUGCGACUCAACCGAACUAUGCUGACAUUCUGGACCGCCUGGAAACAAAACCCUCAAACCUCGAACCUAAGGCCUUGCAAGACAUCAUCGAACAGCUGAAGCAAUUGAGCGAUGCCGCCGAGACCAGAGUCGAGUCCUGCGAAAAGGCUAUCAGAAUGAUUCACGAGAGUCUAAAGGAUCUUGACUCGGAGCACAAAGAAAGGGAAAGACAAGAAGAGCUGUCGAGGAGGAACAAAGCCAAAAAGAUAGAAUCACAUUCUAGUAAAACACAGAAGGCGAAGAAGCGCAAGGACAGAGACAUAGCAGACGUCGAGAUCAAGCGUGAAGAUGACUCAAAAUCGAAACUAGGCCGCCAUUCCUCUACUCCAGGUCCCAUCGAUUCUCCCUCACCCCCCAAAAAGGUCAAACACAGUCCUGGUACUUCGUCUCUUUCCGACGCUGCAGACUCGCCCAAACCUGUUCCGCAAGACCACACCUCUCCCGCGAAAACGGACGAGUCGGCAGAGGAAAACCGAAUAGUGCACAAAAUACCACAGAUCCCUGCUCAAGGCUUCUUUCCCGAUCCUCUAGCUCCAGAUCAAAUAGUAUACCACAUUCGCGAUGUCACUCCUGACAUGUCAGACGAAGAGAGAAAGCAGAUAUACAGUGUUACCUCAUAUCCAACCGUCGAUCUCAGCAACGAGAUCGCAGGUGUUCCACCAGAUAAAGAUUUCAGCAAUGCCAGACCACAAAACCAAAUCGCGGCGACCACUUUCCAAUCCUUCGUCGAGGCGUACACUCGUCCUCUGGCCGAAGAAGACAUGGCUUUUCUGCGAGAAAGAGGUGAUCGUUUUGCUCCCUUUGUGCCGUCCCAACGUUCGAAAAAACACUGGCGGGAGAUGUGGGCUGAAAGUGACGACAAUAUGAUCACUGAUGGUAUGGAUGGAUAUUCAACCACUCAGCCAAGGGGGAGCGUGGAACAGCUCGAUGACGACAACCUCGAGACUGAUCAAGUUUCCAGCGGUCCCCUAGCUAGUCGUCUGCUUUCUCUACUCAAAUUCGAGCAUCGUUCUCCCUUGAACGACUUGAACGGGAAUGAUUUGAAUGCAUUCACAGAUGUCAACGACACAAUGGACCUGGACGGCCUCGCUAAUGGCAACGAAAAUGACAAACCCGUAGCACCGGCUACUGCUGUCGCCGAGCUUUCGGCAAGCAAGUCCUUCCAGAAGCUUGAUUACGUUCAGAGUGACGAACGAAUCAAAGCAGAACUGCGCUACCUGGGCUUGUUGAGUCAAGAUGAGAUUCCCGACUACGAUGCUCACAAUGACGACGACAUAAGUGAACGAUUACGUAUCUUGCAAGCCGAACUACGUCGAGUCAUGGUCAUCAACGGGGCUCGCAAAGCUCGUUUGCUCGACCUGGCACGUGAACGUUUGGCUUAUCAAGAAUACAGAACCAUUCACGAUGACUUGGACAGUCAAGUUCAACAAGCAUAUUUGAAGCGAACCAGAACUUUGGGUAAAACAAAAAAAGGUGGCCCUGGCGGCAAUAAACCCAAGGCUGGUCUCGCCAUGAACUUCAGUAUCAAUCGUGCUAGAGAUAUCGGUGACAACGCACGCAUGCUUAUGGACAGGAGGAAGAGGUGGCAGAAUUGUAUAGGUCCUGUUUUCAAGGAUAUGAAGCAUGGCAUUCCAGGGGCCGAUGAGACCAUUUGGGACCCAAAGACGAUGGAACAGCUUGAGAAGGCCGAACUAGAGGCCAUGGAGGACGAAGGCGAAUAA